AUGGAGGAAGAGGGUGAGGAAAUGAGGGUUCAGCAAUCUUCAUCGGAAGAAAGCAAAGUGAAGUUGAUCUUGAACAAGGGAUGGUGGUUGGGAAAGAAAAUUGCAAUCGCAGGUGUUGCAGUUUCGUCUGCUCCUUUUGUUCUUCCUCCUCUUGUUAUCUUCUCCACACUAGGUUUUGCUUUUUCAGUCCCUUUCGGCCUUGUUUUUGCUAGCUAUGCUUGCACAGAUAAGAUCAUGAGUAAGUUCUUCCCCAUGCCUCUUUCUCAUCCAUUGUUGGAAUACAAAACAUGCUAUGAGGAAGAGAGUGAAGAAGAAGAAGAAGAAGAAUUUCUGGAAGCUCUGAAGCAAGAAUUGGAAACCAGAAUUGAAAUGGUUGGAGAUGGAAAGAGCAAAGAGGAUGAAGCAGAACUUGUACAAGAGAAUAAAGGAACAACAAUGGGGGAGAGUAGAGAUUAUGAGGACAUACAUAUCAUUGAACAAGAGGCGAAAACGAUUACAGAGACAAAGGAAGUGGUAGGAUUAGGUAGAAAUGGGGACAUAAUGGAUAGCCAAAAUCUUGACAAGAUUGGAAAUGAGAGAAAACCUACAAGAGUGGUAAUGGGUGAAUCUAGAGGGAAAACAGCAGAAAAGAGAGAUGAGAAACAUGGUAAAGCAAGGGAGAACAAACUAGUGGGAGAGUCUAAUGGGGAAAGAGCAGAGAAGGGAGGUGAAGGAAUUAUGGAAGAUACGAAGGUGUCAAUGCAGAAAAAGAGUAGAGUGAAAAUUUUGAUCAGUAAUGUUGAAGAAGGUGGGAAGUCAAAGAGCAAGAGCAAUAUGGAAAGUAUUAAAGAGAAGUCCAUUGGAGAUAAAAUAUUUGAGAGGGUGUCUGAUUCUGCAACCCCAAAUGUGAGUUUCAAGCAGCAUGACACAGCAGAGAUCAUCAAUUCUGCCAAAGGAGACUCUAGAAAGGAGAGUAUUAUGAUUCCUUCCAUAGAG